UGUAUUAGUUUAAUGAAGGAAGGAGUCGCUCGACUUCAUAUUUUAAGAACAAUGUCUGAUGACGAAAUCGUUCCAUUAUUACACGAAGAAAACAUUGAACCUGCAAGCAAUGUUUGUCAACCAAGUCCAAUAAGGCCUCAGAGAAGUUUACCGCCCGGAAAAACGCACCAUAUCUUUAUAUCUUACUCGUCACACGAUCAACCUUAUGUACUACGUCUGAAAAACGUUUUGGAAGGAUUGGGUUUCAAAUGUAUGUUGGCUGAUCAUGACUUUUCCUAUGGGGUUUCAGUUAUGCAGAACAUCGAGACAACCAUUCAGACAUGUCACAAACUGCUCUUGGUGGUAUCGCAGCAUUUUUUACAGAGUGCUAUGUGUGAUAAGGAGGUGGAUAUGGCACACAAGUAUGCCGCUGAUAUCCGCCGAAAUGAUUUCAUGGUAGUUCUACGAUUGGAUGAGUCUAGAAUGCCUCUAAAGCUUGAUUAUAUGACCUAUAUAAACGGUGCGGUACUUGAGGUCAAGGACGUUGGACGUAAAGUGGAAAAGGCAUUUGAUGGUUUUGCUGAUGUUCCUCUCUCACAGAAUUUAAAUGGCCUAGAGAUUCUACGGAAACAACCAACAUCAAAAUCACUUAGACAGUGUUGCAGCUCUAGCUAUGAACUUACAGACCUAUCUCAAUUCGAAACGAAUACGUUGUUUUCAUGGUCAGUGGAGGAAUCCCAAGAGUGCUACCGAAAGAUAAUGGAGGAGGCCAAUGACCACUUCCUUCUUUAACGAUACGCCGUGUUUGUUUUUGGUCCCACGCUCAUGUUUUUUAUCGGGCUUCUGCCUUUAGGCAUUGUCACAUUAUUCGCCUCAUUGUAUAUUUUGUUAUCAAUACUUACCGGAGCAGACACCUCUAUCUCAGACCUGGUUCCAAUUUCCAUUUUGUUGAUUGGUUUAAUCAUAGGUCUCUAUACUGUAUGUACAGUGUACCUAUUUCAUCAGGUAUGUGUAUCUGACAUAAGAUAUGUAAUGCUCGUAAAAAACUAUUACACCAAUGUACUUGCUUCUGUAGUUUAUGAUUUGAAAAGAUGCAACGGCCCUUGUACAAACGGAACCAGUAAAUAGAUUAAAAACUUCCAAAAAGCAUCUUAAUGACUUGUUUAUAAAAGUCAUGAAGUCGAAAAGAGUUAGAUGAUUUCAGAACUUGAAUUUUAAUCUUAAAACGAUUUAGAAAAAAAAUACAUCUAAAACUUUGAGGUAAGGUCAAUAGAUGAUGUCUUCACAUUUAUCCUUCUCAUUAAAUAAUCAGACUUCUGCCAUGUCAUUUUUCUUGCGUUGCUAAUUAUUUUGCUAACGCUGGAUUGAUUAUGGUCUUUUAUAUAGAAAACCCUAUCGGUCUGUUGCCUUCAAUUUAACAUUGUAAUGCUUUAUAAAUAAGAAGAUAUACACUUUCUGCCACCUUCAAAUACACAUCGUAAUACAACUCAAGUUUCCUUCAAUAUGUAUGUUUGCUUCCAUUUCCCUCAUUUAAGGUCUGCAAUAUGGAGAUCGGAAAAGCCCCUGUAGUUACUUGGCAAGGGUAAAAAUACAUACAAAAUAUGUAAUCUUGGCUUUUCGAUUUCUUUAAUGGUCUAUACUGUCUUUGAUUUAGUUUGCCUUGAAACCAACCUAUGACCAUCCAAGUCAAUGUUUUCUAGUGUAUUUCCUGGCCUAUUAAGAACUGUGGUGGUUAUUAAAAUUACUGUGACAAGUUAUUUUGGUUUUUUCUCAUUUCAGAUAAUGAAAAGACUCCAUUCCAUCGUGCGGAAGAAAACAGAUUGUAAAUCACAAAAUUACAUCGUUAUUCCCAGACGGCACAGAAACGCCAUUUUCAUUUCCUUCAUAUAUUACGACAUGAAACCAUGCUGGAAUUAUCUGGAACAAAGAGCACGAGAAUAUUGGCCGGAUGACACCGAAGAGGACAUCGCUAAAAAAUGCAAUGAGGAAUUGGUCACGACUAUCCUUGGCUCGUUUAAGGGGUUAGACUUGAAUGCAAUACCGCAGGCAGCGCCCAUCCGGCACAAUACUUAUCAGAACAGGUGUUGCUUGUGUUUUGUCGCACAGUCGUCAUGGACAAAAGGGAAGUCAGCAUUAAAUGUCAUACCAGAACAAUGUCUGGAAAAUCAAAAUGAAGAAACAUGUGUCAUGAAAAUUGCAGAAAGCGAAACAGACCAUGAAACUUUUGUCAAAAAAGCACUUGAAAAUGAACAUUUUGAAUCGACAGAGGGAAACGACGAAACCAGCGUCAUGAAAAUAUUAUGCAAUAUACAAGAGAGUAUUUCUUCUUAUUCGCCUGGUGCAGGAGCAGUGAGUGGUUCACCUCUAACUGAAGCUGGAAGUGGUUUACCUUUGGCAGAAGCAGUAGGUUGUACAUCUCUGAGAGGAGCAGAAGGCGGUACAUCUCUGACCGAAGCUGCAAGUGGUUUACCUUUGACAGGAGCAGAAGGCGGUACAUCUCUGAGAGGAGCAGUGGGUGGUACAUCUCUGACCGAAGCUGAAGGUGGAUCAUUAUUAGAUUCGAACAUUGACCGAUGGUAUGGAGACAUGUGUGAAACUCGUGUGCGCGGGGAAGCUUCAUCUACACAACAACCACAAGUGUCACACGAGCUGAUUACUUGGG